AUCAGUUUUUCUAACUCCCUUUAAAGUAAAACAACCAAUUUAACUUUAACAAAAAUGUUCAAAUUUAUCGCUGUCUUUGCUUUGGCUGCUGUUGCCUCCGCUGCUCCUGGUUUUGUAUCAGAAAGCCAUCACUCCUUUGUACAACCUGCUAUUUUAACUAAAACUGCUGUUGUUGAUACCAGUGCUUCCUCAGCCAUUACCCAUCAAAGUUUCACCAAUUUGGAGAAAAAAGUACCAGUUGUCCAUAGCUAUGCGGCUGCUCCUGUUGUAAAAACUGUUUCUUACGAAACUGCUCCCGCAGUAAAAUCGGUUUCUUACUCUGCUCCCGUAGUUAAAACCGUUGCUCCCGUUGUUCACACUUAUGAAUCGGCUCCUGUAGUAAAAUCAGUUUCUUACUCUGCUCCUGUAGUUAAAACUGUUGCUCCAGUUGUUCACACUUAUGAGUCGGCUCCUGUAGUUAAAUCUGUUUCAUACAGUGCUCCUGUUGUUAAGACUGUUGCUGCCGCUCCUGUAGUACACUCCUAUGAAUCUGCUCCCAUAUUAAAAUCAGUUUCCUAUGCUGCUGCUCCUGUAGUUAAAACCGUUGCUGUUCACUCUGCUCCCUUAGUUAAGACUGUUGUUUCCGCUCCUGUUGCCUACUCUAGCUUCCAUCAUUUAGCUGCCGUUUCUGCUGCUCCUGGCUUUUUGACUGAAACUCAUCAUACCCUUGUACAACCUGCUGUUGUAACUAAAACUGCUGUCAUCGAUAACAGUGCUUCAUCAGCUAUUACUCAUCAAAGUUUCACCAAUUUGGAAAAGAAAGUACCAGUUGUCCACACCUAUGCUGCCCCAGUUGUUAAGACUGUAGCUGCUGCUCCCGUAGUCCAUACCUAUGAAACUGCUCCUGUUGUCAAGACUGUAGCUGCUGCACCUGUUGUACACACCUAUGCCGCUGCUCCUGUUGUCAAGACUGUCCACACCUAUGCCGCUGCUCCUGUUGUUAAGACCGUAGCUGCCGCCCCUGUAGUCCAUACUUAUGCUGCUGCUCCUGUAGUUCACUCUGUACCCUUGGAGCAUUUUGAAAACAACAUUAGUUUCUUGCAAACGUUUAAACACAAAACUCAACUCAAAUCCUUAAACAUGUACAAAUCUAUUGCUUGCAUUGCUCUCUUCUACUUGGCUACCGUCAGCGCUGGUAUUCUUGAAACCCAUCAUGUUGUCCAGGAACCUGUCCUAGCCAAAGUGGGAUCUGUAGUCCACUCAGCUCCCUCUGCUGUGUCUCAUCAAAGUUUUACUCGUUACCACAACAAAGCUGUUGUUACUCCUGUUGUCUCACCCGUAGUCAAGACCACUGUUCAUUCUGCUCCUGUUGUAUCUGUAGUCAAAUCUGCUCCCGUUGUCCACACUUAUGAGGCUGCUCCUGUUGUUCACUCUGUUCCUGUAGUACACUCUGCUCCAGUUGUUCAUGCUGCUCCCGUAGUUCAUGCUGUUCACUCUUAUCAUCAUUAGGAGUAACAUGCUAAAGACAAGAAUUGGUUGUGAUAUGAUUUGUUCAUUGUUAGUUAAUCUUAUGCAAUAAACGAAAUAAUUAAAAAA